GGGCCGUCAUCGCCAGAGGUAGAGGAAUCGCUGAAGAGAUCGUGGUUCCAGAGGAUCAAGGGCCUGUUACAAUCAAAGCCACAAGCAUCCAUCGAGCAAGCCUUGAAAUCGGCAUCCCAUGGAAUUUAAGCUCUCUAUUUUACUGUUCAUCGCCCUCUUUCCAUUUUACUACUUUUCUUCCAGCAUUUGCUGGCUAUGCUUUAGCACCACUCUUAAUCUGCGUGACAGGCUCAAGAGAUCAAGUGGUAGCCGAGAAUUAUCGAGAAGAUUGAGGCCGAGUUUCAAGAGGAGCGUGGGAGGUCCACUCUUUUCUUCUCUCCUCCUCUUUUUCUUCUUGUUUUGUUCUCUCAAGAUCAUCGAAGUUUCUGGUUUUUGCGAAGCCCCUGCGAUCAACUGAGAUCAACCUUGAUCCAGGUACUAGUUCUAACAUUCGAUGGAUUUACCGCCGGCUGCCGAAGUGGCAAGCCCCAAUUGGUUUUGAGCUCAAAGAUCGAUUCAAACGUCUUAAUAGUGUUCAUGGUAAAGGGAUUUUGCCACGCGUGGUCUCCGCCUCGUAUAAAUUCGAGGGUCGGGAACAGUCUAGCCAUCCUGCGAUUCACAUAUUCUCUUUCAGCGAUCCAAUUCAAAGCGUUUCUACCGAAUUUUUGUAGCUUCUAGUCCUCAGCAAUGGCCCUCGCCACAAGCAGCAGCAUUGCGGUAAUUCCUUCCUCGCUCUCUAAAACUCCUCUCGGAGGAGCCUCCGCCUACAAGUCCCGAUCCGGUCGCUCCUUGGGAUUCUUGCCGCCGGUGAGAGCUUCCUCGGACAAUGGGCGAGGCGAUGGGAUCAGCAGCGUUCUGGACCAGACCAAGAAGGAGAUCACCCGCGAGGAUGUGCUCAAGAACCAGGCAGAGAAUGAGUCGGAGAAGAGGUCCGUGUUCGGAGCGGUGCCAUCGUCCGGAGCAUUGUGGCCUAGGCCUGAAAUUGAGAGGCGGCCAGAGACGGGCGAUCGGUCGUUCGCGAGCUUGAUGUCAUUCGAUGGCGCUGGCCCAGAGACAAUCAAUGGCAGACUGGCCAUGGUUGGAAUCUUGUGGGCAUUUGCUGUGGAGAGAAUGACGGGACAAACAGUGGCUGAGCAGCUCUACACGCCAGGCAACUUUGGCUUGUUUAACUUCUUGGCGGUCGCACAGCUCUUUGCUUACGCGUCGCUGGUUCCCAUGUUUAAGGGAGAGAGCCCCGAUAGCCGAUCCUUGGGCCCGUUUAGAGCCAUGGCGGAGCGCUGGAAUGGGCGGACUGCCAUGCUUGGCUUCCUCGCUUUGGUGCUCACAGAAUUCUUCACCAAGACCCCAGUUUUUAACAUGAUGUAAGUGUCAACCUGAGAGUCUGUAAAUUUUUGUUCAUUAAAUUUCUGUUAUAACAUAGUUUUAAUUUUAUUGCG